AGGCGGAAAACCCGCUAAACGCCAUCAACACAAAAAAUGAGAUUCAUGCAUCAUACUGUAGCUUUCAGUGCCUAGUAUCUGAAAAUAAAAUCAUUUUAAUGCAAAACUCGCAAAGUCCCAUUAUAAAUCCUACCAAAAGCUUGGCAUUUUUCGCAGAACCUGCAAAACGCCACAAUGGCUCUUUUGCAAAAGCCGCAACAUGCAUUACGUCAACCAGAGCGCUGAAUGAUGUCACGUGAUUUCAAUAUGGCGGCGUCCAUGAACGCUUGCUUCUAUCAGUGAAAGUUGUGGUUUGUGUAUAAUAAUUUAGCAUAUACAAUGGAAAAUUGCGAUGAAUUAGAGGAACCCAUUGUUCAAUCAUCAUCGGGAAAGAAAAAACGCAGUGAACCAAAGAAAGCUGCGCGUUACUUAGCUAAACAGGUGACGGAAAGGUUUCACGUGUAUCGUGUACACACACCAUGGCCGGUUUCUGUACUUCUACUGCUCUGAAUGAAAAUGACUUGGCUUUCAUAAAAAAACAUGUGUAUGCCACCACAGACAGUCAAACAGGAUGCUGCUCUUCUUACACACAUGACUGUGACUCAAUGCAAGCGUCGGCGCCCAAGGGUAGAUGAUGAAGAAAAACAGAGAAGUAGGGGUAUUAGUGUGAAAUACAGUAUACUGAAAGAAGAUAAAAGUGAAGUGCCAGUUUGUCAGCCAACAUUCUUGAGCAUUUUUGGUAUCAAGAAAGACCGUGUCCAGAAUAUUGCCAAGUACUGGUUACAAACUGGGCAAGCUCGACCUGAAAAUCGUGGUGGCGCUCGUAACAGAGAAAAACAUAACCUGAAAAAGGAGAGGAUUCGCACUCAUAUUUCAACCUUUACAUGCCGGGCUAGUCAUUAUGCCCGCCGCGAAGCACCAGGACGAAAAUACCUACCUAGCGAUCUAAGUGUAGCUAAAAUGCACAAGAUGUUCAUCGAUCAGAACCACGAACAAGUUUCGUACACCCUAUAUUGGAGUGUGUUUGUUUACGACUUCAACCUUGCAUUUGGCCAUCCAGCUAAAGAUAUUUGUUCCACCUGUGUUAAGUUCCGAAUGCAGAUUAAGAACCCAGAAUUGUCUGAAGAGGAAAAGCGGGAACAGAUCACCCUUUUCAUGUUUCAUCGACGCCGAGCCCAUUCUUUUUAUAACAUUAGGAAAUGCGGGAACAGAUCACCCUUUUCAUGUUUCAUCGACGCCGAGCCCAUCAGUGAUGCUAGGGUACUCCAGGUUGCUGGGGAGAAGAUAGGUUUCAAACCUUCGUAUGCUGGGGAUUUCUGCCUCCAUGCAGUUCUCAAAAGAGGGCAAAAGUGGAGUCAGUUCCAACCAACACUUGCCCCUGACAUCAAUUGUGUCAAACCUGCCAAGAAGAACGACGUUCUUAAACUUCUCGAUGAACUUGGAGUAAAUCUGGCGGUGCAGAAUUUCUAUGAAAAUGCUCUGUGUGGUGUCCAUGAUCAAAAUGGCGGGAUUCAGGAUCUGGAGGACAGUGAUAACAACUGA